AUGAUGGACAGCAGGAUACUGGAUCCACCUCACGCCCAGUUCGGAGGCUCUCUCGGCGGGAUGGUGGGCUUCCCGUACCAUCUGAGCCACCAUCACGUUUACGAAUUAGCCGGGCAUCAACUUCAAUCUGCGUCCGCGGUUCCUUUCUCAAUAGACGGAUUACUUAAUGGUUCCUGCACGGCUUCAGUGGGUAAUUCCAACCCCCUCUUGUCUUCGGGCUGCGGGAUGAAUGGAGAUAAUCAGCAGUACAAACUGACAGACUCGGUGGACCCAGACAAAGAUAGCCCUGGUUGCAAGAGACGAAGAACUCGCACAAAUUUCACUGGUUGGCAGCUGGAGGAAUUAGAAAAGGCUUUUAAUGAGAGCCACUAUCCCGACGUGUUCAUGAGGGAGGCACUGGCUCUCCGGUUGGACUUGAUAGAAUCAAGGGUUCAGGUAUGGUUUCAGAACCGCAGAGCCAAAUGGAGGAAAAAGGAGAACACAAAGAAAGGCCCAGGUCGACCUGCUCACAACGCCCACCCCACCACCUGCAGCGGAGAGCCCAUGGACCCGGAGGAGAUCGCCCGGAGAGAGCUUGACAGGCUGGAGAAGAAGAAACGAAAGCAGGAGCGCCGGCUUCUCAAGUCCCAGAACAAGCUUGCUUCUGGGGAUUUAUUUCACACCCCGGGAUCAGACAGCGACAGCGGGGUGUCGCAUGUGACCGACAGUGACCACAACACAGGCCCGCCUUUUGAAUGUGUGGGGGGAAACCAAACGCCGUCGAGCUGCGACCAAACACCUCACCCUCUCCAGACCCCAAACCAGAACCAAAGACACUUGGACCAGGAUGCUGGCGGAUCAGAGCUGGACUCGCCCGACGCCAGCCACCGGACAAGCCUAUGCUCCAACAGUAACAGAGCCUCCAGUCUGCAGAAACUCAACCCUUUUAGCGUCGAAAGCCUCCUAUCGGACUCCAGACCGAGACGCAACCCCGCGGCCUUACCCUCCUCACGGCCUUUGAUAGGGAAAGGACACUUCCUACUCUAUCCCAUCACACAGCCGCUUGGAUUCAUUGUUCCUCAAACUGCUCUGAAGACAGCAGCAGCAGCAAACUCUGACAGUGACACCCCGGCGGAGAGAAACCAGCCCAGUGGCCGCUGCAGCGUCUCUGCGAGCUCUGCGGGAUGUAGGAGCAGCUCGCCGGACUCUGCAGACGCCACGCAAAGGGGACAGGUGGGAUCAGAGGACAAGACAAGUUCACCGCACACCAGCCCGUCCAGGGCCGCCUUUUCCACUGGCAAAAGUACUCAGACCUCUGUUAUUUGCAGCGAUUCGACUUUCGCCCACGAACACAAUCCACAACUCAUUAAGCCUGUCGAUGCAGACAGAAAAGAGCAUUUAGAGAACAAGGACCACCCCGAGUCUGUCCUCAGUGACAGUCCAGCAGAAACAAAGACAGACUCUAAAGAAGAUGUCGACAUGGAAUAA